AUGGCGGAGACCACGAAAGAAAAGGUUGAGAAAGUAUUUCAAGUGAAAUUAACGGAAGAUCAGUUACGUGCUAUAGAAAGUAUACAGCAGGGAAAAGAUGUAUUCGUAGGUACCAGGACAGGGAGUGGAAAGUCACUCAUAUAUGAAAGUUCCCCCGUUGUGUUUGGACAAUCGGCCGUGUGUGUCAUAGUUUCCCCGCUUCUCAGCAUCAUGAAAGAGCAGGUAAACAGACUCUCAGGACUGGGUUUCCGGGCAACAUACAUCGGAAAGUCAGAUUGCCGAAAAGAUGAUGUGCGUAAGGGUUACUACCAGUUCUUAUUUGGAAGUCCUGAAGCCUUGGUUGGAAACGACGAGUGGAGAGAAAUCUUCCGGGAUCCCGAAUUUUCAGCAAGACACAAGUUGACAGUUGUUGACGAAGCCCACACAGUUUAUCAAUGGGGUGAAGGGCAGAAGAAUGAGGAAGCCUUCAGAACAUUUUUUUCAAAGAUUGGUGAGCUUCGAUCUAUGGAAUCCGGAUAG